UUAGGUACCAGCUGCACGUCACCAUUCCACGAUGUGGGAGGACGCUGCCUCUAUGUUGACGUCUCGAACACAGGCAGCUGGGAUACAAUGCGCACCCACUGUAGGAGUCUUGGCGGCGACCUGGCCAUCCUGAACGACGCUGAAGUGUACUCCUCCCUCAUCCGCUACAUUCACGGCAGCGGAUUCCCUGAUCUUCAGUACUGGAUCGGCGCCACAGACGAGGCCGAAGAGGGACUGUGGCUGUGGGUGAACCAAGAACCUGUACAGAUGGGCACGCCUUACUGGGCCAACUUUGGCUGUGACAACAAGCAAAUGCCCACUGGUGGAACUUCUCAAAAUUGUCUCUGUGUUGAUAGUAAUUAUCACUUGUAUUUCAAUGAUUUAGGGUGUUCUGGUGCACAUAACGCAGUCUGCGAGCAAUAGUCCAGGAUGUAUUAUGUGCAUAGUUUCUUUAACACUGAUCAGAGUUACAACAUUUCUGAAGCUCAUUGCCAACCCUGAGCAGAGAAGGAGGCGUUACUGAGCCAACAAUGGCAGUGGCACCAACCGGUGGAGACUCUCAAACCUGUUUAUUACCAAUUACAGCUUGUACUUCAACUAUUUUAUUGCAGUGAUUUGCCUUGCAAUAAUACCUUGUAUGUAGUCUAUGAAUACUGUACUAGGAAAAAAAUCCCAGUGAUAUACAAAUUAGUUUGUUUUAUUAACUUCAAAAUGUAUAUUAAUAUUUUUGUAUUUUCUAUGAAACUUAAGUUAUUAACUACACAGUUUUUCAGUGCUAUUGUCAAUCAAAUAUAGAAUAUUUAAAUAUAAAAUUCAA